CGUGUACACAAUUAAAACAGUGACUUGUCAGUGUUUGCAAAACGCUGCUUAUGUUCCGCAACAUCAGCCACGAGGUUUUCACGCGUGUUUUGUGGAACUUGUCUGGCAGGAUCUUCGCGCUAUUUAUGCGGGACUCUCCCAGUGGGUGUCACCUACAGUCAGAGAGGUCUGAUGCUGCAUGCAACUCGCUGCUGCUGCUGCUUCCUGUAUUGAGGCAUCAGCGGUCAGCGCGUAGAAAAACAGUACGUUUCAGAGCCCCGCACCCUGCGUUUAAACACCGAGGGAACACUGCGAGAAAACCCGGGCUGUCUGCAUCCGGUUGUGGCUGGACUGAAGUUUAGAGAAGAGGACAGCAGCUCAUUUCGGAUCAGAUACUCAGAGCACGAUUUUCACUGGAGCUGACGCUAGCUAGUAGCAGCUAGGUGGCUAAUGGCUAAUAGCAGCAGGUAGUUAAUGGACAAGAAGCCGAGUAAAACAAACCUGUCACAUUUUAAUCCUAUAGAUGAACCCGACAACCAUUCGACCUCUGAAGGGCAUAUCGGCAUGACACUGUUUACCAAACUGACAUGCUACGAAAAGUGCAUUAACUCUGCUAACGUCAACUAGCCACUCACAGCGGAUCCUGUUGCUUUCUUCAGGCAGAUUUUUGAUUAGGGGCCAAGUUUGAUUAGCAGCUGCCCGCCUCGUUGCUCUGUAGUGUUUUUCUGACAGCGUCGUUUAGUUUAGUUAAUAUUACAAAUGGCUCCUAAAAGAAGACCCGUUCCCCUGAACAUUACGCCCAUUGGAGAGGGACAGGCCACCUCAAACACCAUCGAUGCUGCAUCUGAAGCCAACCUCGAGGCCUUACAGAAGAAACUGGGUGAGCUGGAUCUCGACGAACAACAGAGGAAACGCCUGGAGGCCUUCCUCACCCAGAAAGCUCAGGUUGGCGAGCUCAAGGAUGAAGAUUUUGACCCAAUAUGCGAGCUGGGGGCAGGAAACGGAGGAGUGGUCAACAAGGUCCGACACAAACCUUCGGGUUUGGUCAUGGCUCGAAAGUUAAUUCACCUGGAAAUCAAGCCUGCUAUCAGGAACCAGAUCAUCCGAGAGCUCCAGGUUCUGCACGAGUGCAACUCUCCUUACAUCGUGGGCUUCUAUGGAGCGUUUUACAGCGAUGGAGAGAUCAGCAUCUGCAUGGAGCACAUGGAUGGUGGAUCAUUGGACCAGGUUCUUAAGGAAGCCAGAAGAAUCCCUGAAGAAAUCCUGGGAAAAGUUAGCAUAGCUGUGUUAAGAGGAUUAGCUUAUCUGCGAGAGAAGCAUCAGAUCAUGCACAGAGACGUGAAGCCCUCCAACAUCCUGGUCAACUCCCGUGGGGAGAUAAAGCUGUGCGACUUUGGCGUGAGCGGCCAGCUCAUAGAUUCCAUGGCCAACUCCUUUGUUGGAACGCGCUCCUACAUGUCGCCGGAGAGACUGCAGGGCACCCACUAUUCAGUUCAGUCUGACGUGUGGAGCAUGGGCCUGUCCUUGGUGGAGCUGGCGAUCGGCCGCUACCCCAUCCCCCCACCAGACGCCAGGGAGCUGGAGGCCAUCUUUGGACGUGCCAUAAUGGAUGGGGCAGAGGGAGAGCCUCACACCAACAUGGCUAGACCAAGACCACCAGGCAGGCCUGUGAGCGGACAUGGGAUGGAUAGUAGACCUGCAAUGGCCAUCUUUGAACUUUUGGACUACAUUGUGAAUGAGCCACCACCGAAACUACCACAUGGAGUCUUCACCAGUGACUUCCAGGACUUUGUGACAAAAUGCUUGAUUAAAAACCCAGCAGAGAGGGCAGACCUGAAGAUGCUGAUGAAUCACACUUUUAUCAAGCGAUCGGAAGUGGAGGAAAUGGACUUUGCCGGCUGGUUGUGCAAAACCAUGAACCUCCGCCAGCCUAGUACUCCCACUCGCACCACUGAGUGAUCUAGCAACCCCCCUUCACCCUUUAAAGAAAAUCUUCUUUUCCUGCUCUGACACAUUUCUGGGGUCUCUCUGCAUAUGCAUUUAUGUACACAAUCUACACAUAUGCUGGCACUUUUAAAUUUUUUUUUUGAUCCAUUUCGCUCUUGAGUAAAACAUUUGUUGCUUCCCUUCGUUUAUUUCGUCAACAGCAGCCGAGCCUGUUGAGUCAUUAUUGUACUGUAAGACCACAGCUUCACCAUGACGGUGUCGAGAGCACGUUUUUACACCGCUCCAGUGGAUGUAAAGCACAUAAGGGCUGCUAUAGUGUCAUCAGAAGUCGCAGUGGCAAACUUAUUUUGUAUUGUUGAAUAUUCUGUAUUAAUCUUUUCUAUGGUGGCUUGUGGGGCUGUAUUUUAUUUACCAGCUGUAAAACAAGAAAAAAAAGUCAAAAGGAAAUGCAACACGCAAUCUUUUUGCAGACUUUAUAUUUGUUUAUUGAUGGGGAAAUGCCUCGAUUAGGGUUGAACAUAAUUAGUUUUUCUCCACAUUUACUCGUGUGCGGUUUCUGGCAGGGAUCUUGCAAUCACCCACCUCCGUGUAAUAAUCAGUAAGAGAGCAUUGCAAGCAAAUCGGGCACCCCUGGGAGUCGUUUUCACUUGUUGGCAUGUAAGCAAUCUCUGACAAGAUCAUUUUGUGAACAGUGUCCCAAACCAAAGAGGGUACUCAUGGCUACUUAUUGCUUCAAUGGCUGGUCAUUUUACAUUUAUGAGCAGUAUAUCAGUGUAAUUAGGUAGGUAUUCGUUUUCUUUCAAUAGUUUACACACCAACAGUGUGGGGGUUUUUUUUCUCCGUGUAUUUUUCUUUUACAUCUUAUGUCUCACAUGGGAUGAGACAUGUCCUCUGGAAGCCUGAUAUUUGCCAGGAAGUCCCUUUUUGACAUUGUGAAAAUGAUGAUGGGCAUUUUCAUGAGUUGACAAUAGCAUGGUUUACCUUUCUAAUGACUGUGUGUGUACUUCUCAAGAUCAUGAUGGAGAUGAGCUGAUGGUUUUAAUCCAGCCUCAGUUUCUGCUAUGUCAGUACAAGUUUUCAAUCACGGUGAAUGAUAUGAUAUUUUUGUUUUCUUUUUUCCCUCUUUGUUAUUCUAUACUUUCUCCCCAAAGUGUUUUUGGUCAAAUUUCCACUAUACUGCUUCAUGUGGCGCUUCAGGUUUCAACUUGGGACAACGACUAUUUAAAGCCUUGCUUGUGGAAAAGACUUUGGUUAAAAUGCUGGUAAAAUAAACGUUCUUACAACUUAUGUUUUAAAAAGCAAACAAACGCAGCCUUGCAGUGCAUAUUCAGACCUGUCAAAGGUUACAAAGGGUCUGACUCGAGAUUUUAACCCAGGUCAGUUUUGGUCACAUGGUGAUGUUACCUGCUAGCCCGCUGUCUCACUAGAGCUCUUGUAUUCUCUCUCUGCUUAUGGCUGCCCUUUCUACUCCUCUCCUCUGAAAUGUACAUUCUUUAAACGUAAAUGGAUGCAUUGUCACUUGUAUGUGUACAAAGCUAUAAACAAAAAUUACAUGAGUACUAUUUUGCAGUCUUAAUAUACAAAUUUUUGAUUUUAUGUAAGUGACGAGAAGAGUCGUUUUAUUAUAAUAUUAAAAAAAAAAUGUGUUGGAAAUGGUUAUAAUGUAUAAAAAAUAUUGAAAUAAAACUUAUUUGUGAAUGUA